AUGUCAUUACCUAGUUGGUGCCCCAGGUAUGACAGCAGGAAACACGACCCAAAAACUGGGGAAGAAGUUUAUUGUAUAUGUAAGAAACCAGACACUGGGGAGUUGAUGGUAGGAUGUGAUGGAUGUGAUGAUUGGUUUCAUUUUUCCUGUUUAAAGAUCCCCGAGAAAUAUAGAGAUCUCGUUUUUUCAUUCUACUGUUCGUAUUGUAGUGCUGGAAUUACAGGACCGGCAUUGAUAAAUGGCGGCAAACUACCGAAAACUCUUUGGAAGAGGAAAUGCAGGCUCCCUGAAUGCUAUACAGAGUGUGAUGCCAAUUCAAGAAGCAAAUAUUGUUCAAAGAAACAUGCUGUUCAAUACGUUCAAAGCAUUGUUGAUAAGUUAAAUCUACCUGGCGUAGAUAAGAUUGCAUUGUUGAGACAGCUUCUAAACGAGACAACAUCAUUGGAGGAAUUUAAAACGCUAGGACGAGACAAGCUUCCAGAAGUCACGUCACCUUUAUCCAAAGAUCAAUAUUCCAAGUUGCUAGAAAAUGAUCAGCAUUUAAACAAAUUAAUUAACGAACACGAUGAGUUGGUUUCGGUCAAGCUUUCAAAACUAAAUGAAGAAGAUGCAGUAAUAGAGAAAUACGUCAACUGGAUCGGUGAAGUUAACGAGAGAUUAUCCCCACAUUUCAAUCAGCCUACAGGUCGAAAGAAGUCGAAAAGUGCAAGUAAAGUUACAAUAUGCGGCUACCAUAAUGAGUUCACGAUCCCUCGGUCAGUUGAGGAGUUUUUAGAUAAGCUACUUCAGUUGAAAGAAGACGAAAACAGUAAUAUCACAUCAGUUGACGGUGUUUGUGUAAAGACAAAAUGUGCUAAGCAUCAGGAUUGGAUUACAUUGUCCCAAAACGAUCUCUCGGAACAGAAGGACUCUCUAGAAAACGUCAAAAGAAGACUCGAUUUACUAAUUAGCGUCAGAACGAACCAAUUGAGAAUCUCAUUCUUCGAACAAGAGAUGUCCAAUCGCGUCCUACCCGGUGUUAAGACCUAG